GUAAAAUCACAAGCGCGCAAAAACGGAAAGAAAAAUUUGGAGGGAAAUUAAAAAGAGGGGCUCCUUCUUCCCCUCACAUUAUAUUCACCAACUGUAAAUUCCAUCAACACGGAUUCGCUUUCAUGAAAGAUUCAUCGCCUUAUAGCCAUGACUCUAAUCCUAGUAUUAAGAAUAAGAGAGUCCGAACCCAUAGCUCCCUCAUUCCUUGUAAGAAGCCGCGAACCCCGAGACCUCUCGGCGAACCAACCACGACGGCGGCGCUACUCGAAUUGAAGCAUCUCGACGUCCCUCUCACGUCUUCGGCGACCGAUUCUCCGGUCAAUUUCAUCCGCCUCCACCCGGAUCGGCCUUACACCAUCGGCCGGAGCCCCCGCCGCUGCGAUUUCGUGUUCGCCGACCGCCGCGUCGGGAGUCGACAUUGCCAGGUUUUUUAUGAUUUUUUGAAUCGGAAAUUGUGUGUUGUUGAUGGAGCGCUGGUUUCGAUUUCUCAAUUUAAGAGUCGGAGUGGUGGUGGUGUAGGUAGGGCUUCGUUGAAUGGGGUUUUUGUGAAUGGGAUUAGGGUUAGGGGAGGUGAGGCGGUGGAGUUGAGCGAUGGAGACCAGGUCUCGUUUGCUUGUUCAACUGGAAAUUGUUGUAGCAAUCCGGUUCGGAUUGGAUUUGUGAUUCAUAAGAUUGUUUUUGAGGAAAUGUAUGUAUCAGAUAACUCCCAAGGAUCUGUAAUUGUAUCAAAUCCUAAGGGAUGUAAAAGGAUUUUUGCUUCUAGGGCCGACGGUGCGUCGUCUUCCCUCUUUACAAGAGCGAGCUUUCUCUUGAGUGAGUGCAGACGAAUUUUGCGUAGUGAUGACCCUAUAUCCUACAUUAGGACACGUUGUAGAUAUUCUUUUGGCAAUGGAUUCAGUAUAGAUAAUGUGAUUCGAGCUCCGAGUUCUGAUAUUAGUAGAUCCGGAGUAAAGCGGAAAGGAUCAAUGCUAUGUGAAACCUCACAGAUUUGUUGCAAUGUGAAAAGUAAAGUGCAGUCAACUUCAGUGAUGCAGCACUGUGAUAGAGUAGUGUCUUCAGAAUCAAACAGUGACCUAGCUGCUGUCUGUGUGCAAGGUGAUGAUUUAGAUAUGCAAGACGAUGAAGUCCAAGUUCCUUCUGACACUCGUGUUGCUGAUGGAAAUUUUGGGACUUCAUCUUUCAAUUUGAGAAGUACGGAUAAUCUUCCUCAUGUUGGCGAUUUUGUUAAGGAUAAGACUUGCAGCAAGAAUGUUGGUCUACAACCUGGCAAGAACUUCUACCUGAAUCGCCUUGCGUUUGAGGACCAGAGCUCUUCAAGUCGUCAUUCUGUUAUUUCCUUGCCAGAGCUUCUUCAUCCUGUUCAAAGUAUAUCACAAAUAUUUAUUGCAACGUUCACAAGUGACAUUUUAUGGUUUUUGUCAACCUGUGAGAUUCCUAGCCAUCUGCCAGUAACAGUUGCUUGCCAUAAUACAGAGAGAUGUUGGAGUUCAAGCACUGAAAAUAGAACAUCUGCACCUUACCCAGAAUUUCCAAACUUAGUUGUAGUGCAUCCCCCGUUCCCUGAGGCCAUAGCUUUUGGUGAAGACCUGAAAAGACAUGGCAUUGGUUGCCAUCAUCCAAAACUGUUUGUUUUACAGAGAGAUGAUAAUAUUCGUGUUAUCAUUACCUCCGCAAAUUUAGUGCCAACACAGUGGAAUGCAGUAACCAAUACCAUCUGGUGGCAAGAUUUCCCUCGCAGAAGUGCUCCUGAUUAUUCAUCACUUUUUACUCAAUUUUCCGGCAGGGAAGUAAAUCAAGACUCAAAAUCGGAUUUUGUUUCUUAUUUGGCUGGAUUUAUAGCAACUCUACUGACCGACAUACCAAGUCAGGCCCAGUGGAUUGUUGAGUUGGCAAAGUAUGAUUUUGGAGGGGCAAUGGGACAUUUGGUUGCUUCUGUACCUGGAAUCCAUUCAUAUAAAACUCCCUAUAUAAUGGAAUCCAGACACUAUGCCUGUGCUGAACGUGGUCCAUCAGGGUCAUCUGGUAUGAAAUUCCUCGGAUCAGUUGAAGCAUCUGUGGUUGGUCUAAGCUACCUCUUUCACAAUGCAACAGAUGCAAAUGGUGCAAAGCUGAAGAAACUGGCUUCAUUUCUCAGGAAAUCUUGUGAAAAUGCGAAAGAUUUAUCAAUUAUCUUAACAAGAAACACAAACAUACCCGCAGAUGCAAAUGCAGUGAGCAUUCAUGUGUCAAAUCCUAUUGAGUUCUCUGAGGGAGUAGAUCGUGUUCAACUUGGGUUUUUGCCUAGAAACAUUGCAAAAUGGGUCUCUCCACUCUGGGAUAUUGGAAUGUUUAGAUUCUCUGGUUAUGUCUGUCCUAAGGAAGCCCUUGGAGCAGCUUUAGGAGGAAACAACAAGAAAGUACGGCUGAUACUACAUGUGUUAGAGGGACCAAAAUUUCAAGAUAUAUCAAAGAUGAUGCAACCUCAACAUGUUAUUGCAUUAUGCUCUUUGGUUGCGGCAAUUGAAAGGUGUACAGGCCUCUGGCGCCUGCAGGAGGUUUUAGGUCAAUAUAAAUGGCCUGAAUCGCUUGACUCUGAGUUUGUUUAUGGUGCAUCUUCAAUUGGGUCAAUCAAUGCAAAAUUUUUAGCCGAAUUUUCAGCAGCUGCAGGAAAGAAAUCAUUUCAGUUUGAUUCUGAGGAGUCUGAUCCUGAGUGGGGAUGUUGGAAUGCUCGUCAUGAAUCAAAAGAUCCAUCCAUUAGAAUCAUUUUUCCAACCAUUGAAAGAGUGAAGAAUGCACGUUGUGGAAUCUUUCCUUCAAAGCGUGUUCUUUGCUUCUCUGAGAAAACAUGGCAAAGGCUGAGGACAGUAGAUAUACUUCAUGAUGCAAUUCCUUAUCCUUGUGAUAGAGUAGGACAUCCAAUGCAUACCAAGGUGGCAAGAAGACGGUUCCAGUCUAGGACAGAUGCAUCUUCAUGUGGUUGGGUUUAUUGCGGGUCACAUAACUUCAGUGCAGCUGCCUGGGGACGUUCAAUUUCUACUCCAUCUGGUUUAAAAACGAAUGGAAGAGGGAAUGACAAUUCUUCUCUGGAUCAGAUGCUUCAUAUUUGCAAUUAUGAACUUGGGAUCAUUUUCACCUUUCCCCAAACAGAGACAGACAGUAGUGCUUAUCAAAAGAGCACAAACUUGGAUGAUAUUGUUUUGCCAUUUGUGGUGCCUGCUCCAAAAUACAAGCGAGGAGACAGGCCAGCAACAACGCUGGCUAUGUGGCAGGCACUAUCUGAACUUUCUGAAAAAGAGAGAGAAAAACAUAGACAAGAAGAGAUGGAGGCGGAAGCUAUGGAAGAGAUUCUAGAUGAAGAUGAAGUUGUUGAGGCAACGGAUUAUGUUGAUAAAGAGAAAGAAGAUGAGAAGGCUUACGCUGAGAUUCUUUGGAGCCAAUCAUCUCAGAGCUGUUGAAGUCCUGUCUGAAGUGAAAUGCUUGAUACUAUAAGCAGAAAGAGUUGACAACCAAUGUAUAACUGCUUAUUUAUGAAGAUAGGAAGUGCAUCUCUCAGGAAGAUGUGUGCUAUGCAAGAAGUAGGUAGUGUUUCAGAACUCAUCAGAUCAUUAGCGUGGGACACUGCACUAGGAAUCUUCCCAGGAUUGGCUUGAGGUGAGAGAAUGGCCCAUUUUAGGUGGACAAUCGUCUAUGAGAUUUGCUUCUGUGAGUGAAUGGAAUCUCUUCAAAGAAUAAGGCAAGUGCUUAAUGUCUACCUCUACUUUGAAGUUGUCGGAUCAUUAUAGGCUAAAAUGAAAGAAUGUUCGGGCAGAGUGGUACUGUCAUUGCUCCUUUAGUCGUUUCACCUUUGAUCAAGAGCUGCUAGCCUUCCACGUAAGCAGGACCUGGGAAAGUGGAAAGUCAGCUGAAAAUGGUCUCUGCUUCUUGAAUUACUGGUAUCCCCUUUGCCCUUCUGCAUCACGUUGUAUGAGUAUGAUAUCUGAAGACAUCUUUAGGUUAUAGGUUGCAAGCUGAGCCAAACUUUUUCAUAGGGCUCAAAUUGAUAUUUUCUUUUGGGUUAGAGGCUCAAAUUGAUAAUUAACAAAAGUAAGUUGGGUAUCAAAUUGAACCCAUCACA